AUGUCCUUCCUUGCUUCCAGAACUGCCCUCCGCUCCCAGCUCCGUUCUCCCCUCGUGAGGAACUUUGCUUCCACCCCUGCCGCGCAGGUCCAGUCCCUCAAGGACCGCAUGGCCGAGCUCAUCCCCAAGGAGAUUGAGAACGUCAAGGCUGUCCGUGCCGCCCACGGCAACAAGCCCCUCGGCGAGGUCUCUGUCGACAUGGCCUACGGUGGUAUGCGAGGUAUCAAGGGUCUUAUCUGGGAAGGCUCCGUCCUCGACCCCAACGAGGGUAUCCGAUUCAGGGGUCUUACCAUCCCCGAGUGCCAGCAGCAGCUCCCCACCGCCCCCGGAGGUACCGAGCCCCUCCCCGAGGCCCUUUUCUGGUUGCUUUUGACCGGUGAGGUGCCCACCGACGAGCAGGUCAAGGGUCUUUCUCAGGAGUGGGCCGCUAGGGCUUCUAUCCCCAAGUUUGUCGAGGAGUUGAUCGACCGAUGCCCCAACACUCUCCACCCCAUGACUCAGUUCUCCAUCGCUGUUAACGCUCUUAACCACGACUCUGCCUUUGCCAAGGCCUACUCUGACGGUGUCAACAAGCGAGAGUACUGGAAGACCACCUUCGAUGACUCUAUGGACCUCAUCGCCAAGCUCCCCAACAUUGCUGGCCGAAUCUUCCGAAACGUCUAUGGUGACGGCAAGGUCCCCGCCAUCGACCCCACCAAGGACUACUCUGCCAACUUGGCUACCCUCCUCGGUUUCGGCGACAACGCCGACUUUGUCGAGCUCAUGAGGCUCUACGUCACCAUCCACUCUGACCACGAGGGUGGUAACGUGUCUGCCCACACUGGUCACUUGGUCGGUUCCGCCCUUUCCGACCCCUUCCUUGCCUUUGCCGCUUCCUUGAACGGUCUUGCCGGUCCCUUGCACGGUCUCGCCAACCAGGAAGUCCUCAGGUGGCUCCAGAAGAUGAGGAGCCAGAUCGGCGAAGACGCUUCCGACGAGAAGGUCGCCGAGUACGUCUGGACUACCCUCAAGGGUGGACAGGUCGUCCCCGGUUACGGUCACGCCGUCCUCCGAAAGACCGACCCCCGAUACACCGCCCAGCGAGAGUUUGCCCUCAAGCACCUCCCCGACGACCCCUUGUUCAAGCUCGUUGGCCAGAUCUACAAGGUCGUCCCCAACAUUCUCCUCGAGGCCGGUAAGGCCAAGAACCCCUGGCCCAACGUGGAUGCCCACUCUGGUGCUCUCCUUACCCACUACGGUCUUCACCAGCAGGACUUCUACACCGUCCUCUUCGGUGUCUCCCGAGCCUUCGGUGUUGUUUCUCAGUUGAUCUGGGACCGAGCUCUUGGUAUGCCCCUCGAGCGACCAAAGUCUUACUCUACCGAGGCCAUCAAGAAGAUGUUCGAGGGCAAGUAA